UGGGAUGCCGUCGACCCGGGUUCUGGUUCGUCAGUCUCCCUACCACUACCGCUGCUCAUGGUUCCACUGCAUAUCGUGUCUAUGCAGCAUCAGCGUCCUCGUCACCAUUUUGGUGUUGGCUGCGCAGUCCAUUUAUGUAUACCCGUCGUGCGAGGAUCCUUCGUGCUGGGAUUUCACGACGAGUCUGUACAGAUCGCUCAACUACACUGCGAGUCCGUGCGACAACUUCUACCACUUCGUCUGCGAUGGCUGGAAGUCAAGCCACGGUCCCAACGAAUUCGUCUUCUCCGAGCUCCAAGCCAUGGUGGCGCACGCAGCCGUCAACAGUUUGUUGCGUGUCGGUCAUGCGCCUUCGUUGCGCCAGACGGCUGUGCAGAAGGCCGCAGUGAUGUUCAAGACUUGCGUUCAAGUGUUCAUGAAUCGCGUGGACAAUACGGAGAGCCUCAAGAGCUUCCUGCGGUCGCUCGAUCUGCUCACGCCACGGCCCGAGACGGUUGACGUGCUAGACGUCGUGGUUGGCCUGGCACUCGAUUGGAAUGUACCCGUCUUCCUUCAGAUGUCCGUCGAGCAUGACACUACCAUGGACGGAAUACAGACACUGUACUUCUCUAGGAGUCGCCACCUUAUGGGCUGGUUCCUUCGCAGAAGCCGCAUGGACGGCUGGGCCUUGUACAACUACGUCGUUGCCUGCUCACAGAUAAUCGAUUAUCAGUUCAAUGCGGAGGUGCUUAUAUUCUUCGAAAACUACAUCAUGUCGUCGCUCGGAGCACUGACCGAAACUGCUCACGUAACGCACACGGUAAAGAUCGCUGACAUGGAAAAUCACACGCCGGGUAUCUUGUCCUCCGAAUGGCUUGAUGUCAUCAACAGGCAUCUACCUGAAGCUGCUCUUCAGAAGGGUUCGGACACAAUCCGCAUAACUGACAUCUCUUACCUCCGCGUUGUGAGCGAGACCAUCCUGGACGACAGGCGCAGGCGUAACGGACACCUUCUACUUUACGUUGCUUGGUUUGUGAUUCAGUUCCUCGGACCAUUCGCUUCCUUGUCGCUGGUCACGCCGAGCUUCGCGAACGUCAAGGAGGCCAGAAAUUACAUCUUCUUCCGGUGCUUCGAGGAGCUCAACCUGUUGAUGCCGUACGCAUUCGGGGCCCCAUUCGCCGUGGAGAGCGUUCCAGUCAAGGCUCGUGACGACGUGCUAACCAUGGUCCUGGUCGUCAAGAAUGCGCUCAAGGAUUCUUUCCUCAAAAGCAAGUGGAUGGACAACGCGACGCGUAACAUCGCCAUACUCAAGCUGCACACCAUGCGAACCAUCGUUGCUUACCCUGACAUGGUUGUCAACGCCCUCGAUGAGUACUAUGCUUACACGCCCGAUUCGAGUGCAGUGUUUCUCGAGUCACGCAUGCGCGCAUGGUACGUGACCAUGCGUAUCCGGAAGGACAGAUUGUGGAAGCCGCGUACGUUUGACUACGACUUCCGGUUGACCGACGUGAACGCCUUCUACCAGCCCUUAACGAACACCAUGAUUAUACCGGCAGGCAUCAUCAAUAGCCCAUUUUACAGCGCCAAGUACCCUCUCAGCGUCAACUUCGGCGGCCUGGGUCACGUGAUCGCGCACGAGAUUGUGCACGGCUUCGACGACGACAGCAUCAGGGAACCCAAGGACGGCCUGUCGCGAGACUGGUGGACCAUGGACGCUCGCACACAAUACGAGCAGCGCGUGCGGUGCCUCAAACGCAUGUACUUCCCACUCGGACUGAACUCGUACGACCGCAGCGCCGUCAUGUCCGAGGACAUCGCAGACUCCGUGGGUCUUGCGCAGGCCCAGAAGGCGUACCGCUCAUUGCGCCAGAAGAACAACGCCAUCGUCAGCCGCGAUGCGCCGCUCAUGAGCCGUUUCACCGAAGACCAGGCUUUCUACGUGAUGAGUUGCUUCAAGUGGUGCUCGAAUCGCAGGGAGGCCGGCCGCGGAUAUUCGUCGGACGAGUUGAGGUGCAACGUUCCUCUCAUGAACAUCCCCGAUUUUGCCAGGGCGUUCAGCUGCCGCCGAAAUGACCCCAUGAACCCGGCGCACAAGUGCAAGUUCUGGUGAUAUUGGAUUGUCUGGAAGUGCUCUUUUCUCCUUUUCUUCUCUU